UCUUUCCCUCUACCUCUUUCAUAAAACCCCGCACGCUGCUUUGUCUUCCCGUCCAGCUAAAGCCAUCUUCCCUGGGGACUACGAAAAAAGGUACAGACUUCUUCCUGUGAACAUUCCUUGCCCGGGAGCUUUCUCUUAAGUAGGCUUUUCGGCAACUUCGGGAAACGGAGGCGUUCCAACUUCCAUCCGCAUGGAAAACUCGGCAUACCUCCACUAACUAGUCAGCUGUCGUAAGUCGCCGUGCUCUUCAGUCUUCACUCUUCUACUGUGAAAGUUUGCAGGAAAGCCAUGGCGGGAGGGCUGGUGGUUACAGGUAAAAGUCAGCCGUAUAAUGGGAGGAUUACAUGGUUUGUGGUGCUUUCCUCCAUGGUUGCGGCGACUGGUGGAAUUAUCUUUGGCUAUGAUAUAGGAAUAUCAGGUGGAGUUACAUCGAUGGAACCAUUUUUGAGGAAAUUCUUCCCAGAAGUGUACACUAAAAUGAAACAAGACUCCAAGAUAAGCAACUACUGCAAAUUUGACAGCCAACGUCUCACCUCCUUCACCUCUUCACUCUACGUUGCAGGGCUUGUUGCUUCUUUCUUUGCUUCACCAGUCACUAGAACUUUCGGCCGCAAGCCAUCAAUCCUGAUUGGUGGGGCCGCAUUUCUAACUGGUGCUGCACUUGGAGGCGCAGCUUAUAACAUCUACAUGCUAAUAUUUGGCCGCGUUUUGCUUGGGGUGGGAGUUGGUUUUGCCAAUCAGUCGGUCCCUUUAUACCUCUCAGAAAUGGCACCACCCAAAUCUAGAGGAGCUUUUAACAUUGGCUUCCAAUUUUGUGUUGGUAUUGGUGUUUUAGUAGCUAACCUUAUCAAUUAUGGCACGGAGAAGAUUAAAGAUGGUUGGGGAUGGCGCAUCUCCCUAGCAAUGGCUGCUGCACCAGCAACAAUUUUAACAGUGGGGGCACUUUUCCUUCCAGAAACACCCAAUAGUCUCAUUCAGCACGGAAAUGAUCAUGAAAAGGCCAUGAAGAUGCUGCAACGGAUUCGAGGCACGACUGAUGUCAAAGCAGAACUUGUUGAUCUUAUCAAAGCAAGUGAAAUUUCAAAGACAGUCAAACACCCAUUCAAGAAUCUUGCACAAAGAAAAUACAGGCCUCAAUUAGUCAUGUCAAUCGCGCUCCCCUUCUUCCAGCAGGUGACGGGAAUCAAUGUCAUCUCCUUCUAUGCACCCGUACUUUUCCGAACAAUUGGUUUAGGAGAAAGCGCAUCACUCAUGUCAGCAGUGGUUAUUGGACUUGUUGGCACAAGCUGGACCUUCAUAUCACUACUGAUAGUAGACAAACUCGGGCGAAGAACUGUAUUGAAGACAGGAGGAGUUCAGAUGUUUGUUUCACAAAUGAUGAUUGGAGCAAUAAUGGGAGUUAAGUUAGGGGAUCAUGGUGGAAUGAGCAAAGCCUAUGGGGUUCUAGUUUUGAUCUUAAUCUGCAUUUAUGUUGCUGGUUUCGCCUUGUCAUGGGGGCCUUUAGGAUGGUUGGUGACGAGUGAAAUAUUUCCUCUGGAGAUAAGGUCUGCUGCACAAAGUAUUACUGUUGCAGUGGGAUUUCUCUUCACUUUCUUGGUUGCUCAGACAUUCUUGGAGAUGCUUUGCCACUUCAGAUCUUGGAUUUUCGUCUUCUUUGGGGGAUGGGUUGCAAUUAUGACUGUAUUUGUAUGCCUUUUUCUGCCUGAGACUAAGAAUGUGCCAAUUGAGAAGAUGGAUGAAAUUUGGAGAGAGCAUUGGUACUGGAAGAAAAUAGUUGGCACUGAUCAGGAAUAUGACGAGAGCAAGACUGAUGAGGCAUAAUUUGUCAGCCACCAAGCUUUAUGGUUUCGCGCCCGUUGCCUCUAGAAUGCAACUUUAGCCUGUGCUAGCUGUGAACAUUUUCUGAUGCAGCGCCGGCAUGAUAUUUUAUAAAUGUAUCUUCCCGAAAGUCCUGCUAAUACAGCAGAGAUUCUUAUGGUUUUACGUGUUUGCAUCUGACGUGAUUCUUGAAAGAAUGAAAAUUACAGUCA